ACAGUUCUAGAUAUAUUCUUCUAUAUUUCCUCUACCUGCUGAGCAGUGCCUCUGUUGAGAGUCACUCAGUCAAGUCAGGAGGUCCUUAAACGGAAGAUGCUGUAUUGUCUUAGGAUACAGGAGCUCAUCACCCUCUCCAUUCUGAUUGGCUCUCCCAAGGCAGUUCUGAAUUUUGAAGAGAGAGAAAAAAGUAUUAGAGAAACUGAGCCAUCACCAGCCUGUGGCCAACUGGUCCCCUCUGCCCGCAUAGUAGGUGGUGAAGAGGCUGAGGUGGGUGCAUGGCCAUGGCAGGCCAGCUUGCAGAUAUUUGACUCACACCAAUGUGGGGGAACCCUCAUUGCCUCAUGCUGGGUACUCACAGCUGCACAUUGCUUUAGCAGUAUUACAGAUCCUUCCUUGUUUGUCGUCGUGUUGGGAGCCCACAAUCUCUCAUACCCUGGACCUGAAGCUGUGUCAGUUCUUGUGAAGCGAAUCAUCAUCCACUCCGACUUCUUGGGAUACAGGGAUGGCAAUGAUGUUGCACUUAUGGAACUGGAAGGCCCUGUCAACUUCACCCACCGCAUCCAGCCUGCCUGCAUCCCAGGACCUUCCAUCUCCUUCCUUCCCAGGUUGGGGUGUUGGGUCGCAGGCUGGGGAAACAUCCAAUCGGGAGUCCCACUACCUGAGCCAGAGCUCCUACAGGAAGUGCUGCUUCCGCUGAUGGAUACAGCUACCUGUGAGGCCCUUUACAGUGACUAUAAGGAUGGAAAAACUCCAAAUACUACUGUAAUCAAGGAUGACAUGAUGUGUGCAGGAUACUUGGAAGGGAAAAGGGAUGCCUGCCAGGGGGACUCAGGAGGACCACUCAUUUGCCCGUGGCAUGGGGCUUGGCUUGUGGCUGGUGUGGUGAGCUGGGGGGAUAUUUGUGGUGCCCCUAAGCGUCCUGGUGUCUACACCCGGGUCAGCGCCCACAGCAGUUGGAUCUUGAGACAUGCCCCAGAAGUGACUGUCAAUUUCAUCAAUGGUGUCUCAAGCAGGGGUUGUACCCAGUUCCUGGUCCUAAUAGUGCUACACUGCCUUCAUUAACCAACAACAGUAUGCAGGGUGCAUGUCAGGAUUGCUAUGGCUUCUUUGCUAUGACCAGUAUCUGGCAAAGGUGACUGGGAAAGCAUUUUUGGAUUUAUGAAAUACCUGGAGUUCUGGGAAACAUCAUAAAACAAUGGUACCUCAUCUAUGUUACAGGAGAGAGCUAUCCUAUAGACAUUUCAUCAGCUUUACGUUGUAUUAAACCUAACCUUAAUUUAUUUUAAUGACUUUCCACCAAGGGAGUGGCAGAUGUCUCUCACUUUGGUCCAAGUUACUCCGCAAAGUAGCAAACCUUCAAUCCAUUAAAUUAAAUGUUUGCUAGUUUCAACUUCUCAACAACAGCUAGGAACUGUGUCAUGUGACUGUUACAGUUCUUCCUGUAUUCAAUUUGAAUAGUUCCCACAUCCAGGCUUGAUGAGAAGUCUUGCUUGUAAAUGCAAAGGCUCUCUGUAAACUGUCAAUCCUCUGAGUGGCUGUGUCACAAUUGUUGGUGUGAACUAGCUGGGAGUGUGAAAGACUGUAUCAUUUGGCCGUCCCCAUGGGCUUAUCGAUGCUACAUCAUCUGUAGGCAUCUCGUGUUUGAUUCAAGAAAUGACCCCUCUUAUUCUCAGAGUGACUUCCAGUCUUCUCAUCCAUUGGGCAAAGUUACUCGCUGUGAGUCUAGGACUAUGAGCAGCAGUGGGAUUUUGGAUAUAUAUAUUGUAAACACACACACACAUACCAAAAAUAAUUGAAAUAAUGGCAGACAAAAAUGCCAAAUAAUGAAAGAUUGUUCUCAAAACUGGAAAGAAAUAAAGGACUAAAAAAAUAAAAAAGUGGCUCAACUAAAAGCUUAGUUUGUGUUGUUUGACUGCACAUACAUUGCCAGAACCAACAUGGUACAAAACAUAGAUUCAAGACACAGAUUUUCAUGGAAUUUUUACCUGGGACACCUUCAGAUGAGAGAACACUUCUAUGCACAAAUAGAUGAUUAGUGAUUUCAGCUGCAAUUCUAACCCCAUUUAGCAGGGUGUGAAUCAGAUUAAAUUAAAUGAGACUCAAUGGUCAUUUGGGACAGAUGUUCAGGCAUGUUUAGCACCUGUGAUUAUUGUCUCUAAGGCAAAAAUCUCAUCUCAGUUAAGUGGAAGGGGAAAUGUCUGUUCAGAUGUAAGGAGGGAUUUUAUUCAGCAUUUCCACAGGUAAUCCCUGACUUUCAACUGGCUAUUACCUUCCCCUUUAAUUAUCACGAGGACUGCAAUUAAUGCUGCUGUUUUAAAGAAACACCAUGUGAAAUUGCAGUUGGCAAAAGAAGGGGGGAAAGGAGUGAUAUAAAUAUAUCACUUAGCAUUUGGUGCUGGGGCAAGAAACGGACACUUCCAAUUUGAUGCUUUGCCUUUUAUUUUAAAUUCAAACCUUCAAAGAUGGCAAUAGUUGAAUGAAAAUGGUACUGAAAAUGGUGAAUGUUGUUCUCUUGAUUCUGUUACUACUUCCUCAUAUGGCAUGCGAAGCACAUAUUGUCAGAUGCAUGGUUCAAGAUCCACACCCUCCGCUUCAUGAAUAUCACCAGUCAGGCGACCUCUUUAUUGGUGGAAUUGCUUCUCACAGCUUCAUUGUCUCCAAUUUCAUACCCUUCAAAAAAGUACCCCCACAGGCAUCUUAUGAAGAGCUUAUGUAAGGAGAUUUGUUUCUCUCUCUCUCUCUCUCUCUC